UUUUUUACAACCUAACAAUCAUUAUACUUAAAUAUAUACAAACCUCUCGUACCUGAAGGAGGAGUCAAGGAGAAAAGAAGACUUUUGAGAAUAAUAAAAGAAAAGAAUAAAAAAAAGGAAAGAAAAUUAACAAAAAAAGAAAGGAAAUGUCGACGUGCGCCGACGAAACCGAUCCGGGAUCGAUCCACAUGCAGGAGGCUUUGUCUCCGGUCGAGGGUCCCGUUUCACCGGCAUCCUCAUCUCUGAGCAAUCACAAUCAAAACGAUAACGAGCAAGUUUUGCUCGCUACAAUGCAGCCCGUGAACGUUCUCGAUCUCCACGAACCUUCGCAGCACACACUUCACCAUAAAUUUCACCGCCAUCAUCACCAUCACCAACAGCAACACCACCCACAUCACACGCAUCACACCCAUCACUCCCAUCACUCUCAUCAUCACAACCAUCACCAUCAUCAGGAUCAGGAGCAGGACCAUUCGCACGCCGACGAGGACGACGAUCGCGUCACACCGGAAGCUUCCGGAACAGUCGUUACCACGCCUUCGAAUCUCGGGGAGCACAAGAUGAUCGAUUUGAUUUACAACGACGGACAAAAGACCGUGAUGUACACCCACGACAAGGAGAUUAUUUACGAGAACGAAGCGGACAGGGUUCAAGUAGUCGAAUAUCCGCCACCCCCGCCCUCGCCACCGGCGAAUUCAAGGUCGAGAUCGAGCGCUCUUCACCUCCAUCAUUACCCGCAACUUCAACUGCAGCAACACGAAGACGCCAUCAUGUCCCGCGGUACACCUUGCACCUCCGCGACGGCACCGAAUUGCGCCACGACGACCACCGUCCUCGUUCUCUCCGAACUCGUUGCCGCCGACCCCGGAGCCACCCAACUUGCCCUAGGCGCCGCGGCAUCCCUCAGAGCAGGGCGGCGAAGUCGCGCCGAGGAGGAUAAUUCCGGAGGCGCGGAAGAGGUCCAAGGCCAAGAUCAGAGUUUCACAGCUGCCGGAGGACCGGGUAGUCGCGAGGAGGAGGAAGAUCUGCAGGGCGAAGAGGAGUCGCAGUCACUUCAGACUGGAGAGGGAGAUUCGUCGGAGUCGGACGUCCACAAGAGGGUCGCGGCGGUUCAGGUGCAGGUGCAGGCGAUGGAGGGCGACUGGAGAGCCUACUGCGAACAUCCCCUGUCCGUAGCGACUGCGGCAAUGCUCAACCUGCAGCAGCAACAUCAGGUGUCCGCUGUUUCCGGUCAUCCCGAUGACCCCAGCGCCUCGUACGUUUACGAGUACUACAAAAUACCCGACAAAACACAAGACGUCAAACUGCCGCCGACCCACGAACUCUGGUCAACUGGUGUGAUGGGCCAGAAGCUGUUGGUUCAGGAACCUCAGGGGUCCGGUUCGUCGAAUCGGAUGCAAGAGGGUGGCCCAGAGUCGUCGGGUAGCGGCGAACUUCAUCAUUUCCUUCAUCAGUACAAUCAGCAGGCCCACAGUCCCGGGGUACAGGGUCUCCAGAGUGGCCUGCCGUUGAGCCCUCAGUCCUUGCAACGCCACGAAGGAGGUUCGAGCGGUGUUUCCGGUGUGAAACGAGAGCCGGAAGAUCUCAGUUCGUCCAGGGGACAGCAAUCGAGCAAACGUCACAAGUCACAGGAAAGUCCUACACCGCCCGGGGACCACGCCAGCAUGUACCACCACCAUCAGCAUCAGCAUCAGUUGCAAGUACAGCAAUACGGAAGCCCCUACGAUCCCUACUCGUCGUGCAGUCCUCGACUGCAAUCGGCCGCUUACUCUUCGGCUUCUUCGGGGGGCGCGACGCUCCAGCAGGAAGGAACCGCCGUUUACGUAACGGGGGACACUCUUCCGCCCUUACCUUCGUCGGGGUCCUCGUCACUUCCCACGACGACCGCAUCUUACACGAGAUACGAAGUUGUGCCGAGUUCUUACGCCGUGACGCACGCCAUAAGAUCGUCGUCGAGCAGCAGCAAAGCUCUAACCGUCGAUCUUCCGAGUCCGGAUUCGGGAAUCGGCGCCGACGCCGUUACUCCGAGACAAGAUCAUCACCCUCCGCCUACCGCGUUGCAUCAGUCGUCUUUCGAUUACACGGAAUUGUGUCCCGGAGGUCCGGCGGCAGGGGCGGCGGUCGUUUUAGAAAGUGGUGCGGUCGUACAUCAUCAACCUCUUCAACUUCAGCUUCAACAGGGACACGGACAGGUGCAAGUUCAACGGGGUGGAAGUGCCGGUUUGGUCGGAUCUGGAACGAAUAACCAAAACGCAAAUCAAAAUCCACCAAGAUCCAGACCCUGGCACGAUUUCGGAAGACAAAAUGACGCCGACAAGAUCCAGAUACCAAAGAUCUACUCGUCGUACGGUUUCAAAUACCACCUGGAGGCACCGAUCAGCACAUCGCAACGUCGCGAAGACGACCGCAUCACGUAUAUAAAUAAGGGUCAGUUUUACGGCAUCGCUUUGGACUACAUACCCGACCCGGACAAACCGUUGCUCAAGUCCGGACAGACUGUUAAGAGCGUGGUAAUGCUGAUGUUCAGAGAGGAGAAAAGCCCCGAGGAUGAGAUAAAGGCGUGGCAGUUUUGGCACGGGAGGCAGCACUCCGUGAAGCAACGUAUACUCGAUGCCGACACGAAAAACAGCGUUGGUUUGGUAGGGUGCAUCGAGGAGGUGGCUCACAACGCGAUUGCCGUCUACUGGAAUCCCGUCGAGUCAUCGGCAAAGAUAAACGUUGCGGUCCAGUGUCUCAGUACCGAUUUUUCGAGCCAAAAGGGCGUGAAAGGUCUUCCUCUUCAUAUCCAGGUGGAUACGUACGAAGAACCACCGCCGCAUCCUCACACGCAUACACAUACGCCUCCUUCGCAUCGGGGCUACUGCCAGAUCAAAGUAUUCUGCGAUAAGGGAGCUGAGAGGAAAACAAGAGACGAAGAGAGGAGAGCAGCCAAACGAAAGAUAACGGCAACCGGAAGAAAGAAGCUCGACGAACUUUAUCACUCCGUAACCGAACGCAGCGAAUUCUACUCAAUGGCGGAUCUUCACAAACCUCCCGUCCUGUUUUCUCCACCCGCCGAACACACCAUCGACAAGUUUUCAACGAUGGAGCUUUCCGGUUUUUACGGGGGCGGCGGAGGCGGAACGACGGGUGGCGACACGGAUACCUCGUCGUUGAGCAACGGUGAAGGUGGUGGAGUGAAAGCCGGGGCGAGUAGCCCUUACCCUACGUGUGGAAGGCCGAGUUUACCGGCGCUGAAAUUCCACAAUCAUUUUCCACCGGACAACCUGGCGUCUUUGCACGACAAAAAGGACUCCCUACUGAUGCAAGUUCAAGAGCUCCAGGGAUCCGUUCUUCAGGGCGUUCAACAGAGCGGACUGAGCCCGGGCGUCGCGGUCGGAAAUCGACUUCAUCUCCAACAGCAGCACCUUCGGGGCUCCGAAUCCGAGGAAAGAGUGAUGCUCUACGUCCGUCAGGAGUCCGAGGACGUCUACACACCUCUUCACGUAGCACCACCGUCCGUACAAGGACUCCUCAAUGCUAUUGAGUCAAAGUACAAAAUUGCAUCCUCGAGUAUUAAUAACCUCUAUCGCAAAAACACAAAGGGAAUUACGGCGAAAAUUGACGACGAUAUGAUUCGAUAUUACGUGGACGAGGACCUAUUUCUCCUGGAGGUGAGCCAUACGCCCGUAACGAAUUCGUCCGAUCCAAAUUCAGAACACGGUCCGCCGUCACCGAGUGACGAUCGAAACGGUGCUGGCGGGGGUUACGACGUUACCCUUAUCGAGCUUUCGACUCCAGGGGGACAACCACCUAUUCCAGUUUCCGUUUCGGGACCACUUUCGCCCCAUAAUUCCCAUUCCCACCAACAUCAGCAUGGCCAUCCGCACGAGAACAACAACACGUGAACAGGAGCCAUGAAGAAAUUUCCGAUUCACAAAAUAAAAGAGAGGAUAUAAUCGAAUUAUAUCGCGCAUGGAUCAGCUAAGGGAUCAUUUCGUUCAACGCUGCUGAGGAAAAACGGGAGAAAGAGGUAUUCGUGCAUCAAAUUUAUACGACAUGAGAUCUAGAGCAUGAUUAUUUUUUCUUUCUGUAUCGUGUCUCGUUCUUUCGUCAUCACGCGUUGAAGUCUCCCACGAACGAACGUAAUAUAAUAUUGUAAAUAUAUAAGUCACGUUGUUGUUAUUAUUAUUAUUAUUAAUAUUAUUAUUGCUGUACGGUAAAUACGUUUAAUGAAUACUUGUACUAGAUUUCCUCUAUAAAAACUAAUAGGGGAAAAUACCCAACGAUUUGAAAAGAAAAGGAAGAAAAAAAUUGAAAUAAAAAAAAAAAAGAAGAAGUACAGUUAUACAUAGGUGCGGAGAACGACGACGCUUCUACAGAUCAUGAGAAGAAAGUCAGAGUCAUUGAUCAAAAUAAGGAGUUAAAAUUGUAUUCCAUAUAAAUAUAGUGUAUACUUAUAUAACUAUAUACAUAUACGUACACCAAUUUACUAUAAGUGAUUACAUUCGUAUAUAGAAAUUCGGAGAACACAAUUUGAGCCUUUCAAAUAAAUGCUUUAAGUGAUUCACCGUUUUCCGCAUGCAAAGCGUAAUUUCGCGCUCCUCUGAUGAUUAUUAAUAAUAUUAUCUUUAUCAUCAUAUUCGUAUAUACACGUAGAAGUGACCUUUACGCGGCAUGCAGAACACACCCGCGAGCUACCGCGAUAAAGUCUGAUCAAAAAAGAAAAAAGGUCAGUGAGACGACGGACAAAAGUAAAAGAACAAAAUUCUGCAGACACAGUCAUGAUCAAAUGAAUAUCUUAAUGAAUUAAAAAUAUGGAAAAAAGAAGCGGAGCGCGCGUAUUCAGGUAUACGAGGCGUUAUGGAUGUACACCAACGAAUGAAUCACUUUCGCGAUUGUACAUAAAUGAUAUUGAUAAUCAUAAUCACACUAAUCUAAUAUAUUACUUUUAUCCUGUACACAUACACACACGUAUAUAAUGUAUUUAUAAAUUCUAUUUCACGGCCACUCGUUCAGUCGCGCAUUAAAGUUAUUAUAAAAUUGACGAUUCAUUUGAUCGCGAGCAAUUACAUUUAGAUCUAUUACUGAUUCGAAAAUCAAUCUACGAAACUUUAAUUUUCCAUAGUCUGACGAUGUUAUUCGAUAGUAUCGUAGCUCGUGAUUUUUUAUUUAUUUAUUUUUAUUUUUGGCGCCGAAGAUAUUUCAUCAGCUUGUUAAUUUAUGUAUUCAGAUAUAAUAAUGAUUAUACAUCUACAUCGGAUUGUAUCUCAUUAUGAGAAAGGAAGAAAAAAUUUAUUUUUGUGGCGCGAUAAACGAGUGGUAAAUUUUUCGGCAUAUGAUGCUCGAAUACGUUGAAUGAAAAAAGUUUAAAAUAAGAAGAAAGAGACAAAAUAAUAAAAUCGGAAUAAAGAUUCCUCGUUAUAUUGGAUAAAAUAUGAAACCAUGAUGCGACGAAGUUGAAAAGUAAAGAAAAAUAUAUAUAUUUUUUUUUACUCGUUUUUGUUUCUAGUGUUUAAUGGUUAUUGGUUAAUUAUAUUGCGGUCGUAUAAUCAUUAUAUUCGCCGUCGGCUUCAAGCCUAAUUUUCUUGUUAUUACGAAAACUGCGUAACUUCAUAUAUAAUUUUCUGUUAUUUAGAACAUUAGGUCAUAGCCGUAUAUAUCAAUAUACAUAUAUAUUAUAUUUAGGUUGUGUUAUGUAAAUUUAAUAAGGAUAUAAUUAAAUUUUAAUCACUAAUCUUAAGGUUCAAAUAUAAAUCAUAGAUAUGCGUUACAUUAUAUACUUCUCAUUAUGGGUAUAACAAAUAUACACGGAGACGAUUUUAUAUAAAUGUAUAAUAAUGUAUGAAUGUUACGUACGUACCUACAAUUAUAUACAUAUCGUCACCAUCGAAUACGUAUACCUAUCACAUCAAAGCAACGAUCAAAAUACGCUUGUAAAAUGAAUGCUAUUAAAUAAUGCCACUAUAUUUUGUUACAUUAUUAUUGAAGACAAAGCAAAAAUGAAAGAGACAAAAAGAGAAUAGAUAUUAUUAUUAAAUGUAUGAUCACGAGAUGUAAUGUGCAUGUUUAAUUACACCGACAUUGUUAUUAUUAUUAUUAUUAUUAUUAUUAUUAUUACUAUUCGUAUGAUUAAUUUUAUAAAAUUAUAUAAAUAUCGUGUCAUUUGAUCUUCGGAAUACGUACGUAUAUGAUAAUAAUAUCUAUUAUUAAUUUUAAGAGAAAUAUUUUACACAUCAAAGAUAAUUGGUUAAUUAAUGACUGUAUAUUAGAUCAAUUAUCAAAUUAUUAUAUAAUCACCUUCGUAAUUUGGACCAUGACAUAUAAAUGUAAUGUUACUGCAAGACGUAUAUACCAUGUAACUGAGAAAGUUGACAAGGCGAAGAAACAGAAAAAGAAAAGGAAGUAAACGACUAAAUGUAAUAAUAUAGUACAGCCAGCCAGCCGUAGUGACUUGCCGUAUUCUAUGAUAUUUUCUACUAGUUUUUUUUGUUAAUUUUUGUUUUAAACUUUAGGGUCACAAGACCAAAAAAGAAAAAAAAAGUAUAAUUAAGUUACAAAAUAAAUAGAUCCAUGUUAUUUUGUUAAGAUAUAAGGAGGAAAAAAUUCGACCGAGAUAUAUAUACCUCUUCCUUUUUUGCAAGGAAUAUAAAGUAUAUGAAUUUAUAUUUAUGUAUAUGAACAAGGAAUAUCGAUGAUCAUAUUUGAUUGAAUGAUAUUUAAAUAAUACAGCUACAAAAAUGAAAAAAAAAAUAAAUAAAUUGCAAGGAAAUAUAUAAGCUUCGUUGUAGAAAGCGCCGUUAUAAUAUCACGUGUGCUUUUUUCUUUUUGUUAUUAUUGAAAUUGCAAAUACGUACUUAAAUAUCUAUGAAAUAUAGAUCUAUGAAUAUAUCAUGUGUACUUUAAGAUUUAAGAACGGGUAGAAAGAAAAAAAGAGAGAAAAAGAAAGAAGGAAAAGGAGAAGGUAAAGAAUACAGUAGUUUGACGUUAAUAUUAGUAAGUGGAUUAGAUUUUCAUUAGAUUUGGUUUUUUGAUUUUGAUUUUGAUUUUAAUUUAAGUCGAGUGUUCGAUUGUCGCGCGACAUAUUCUUGCCAUCGUGAGAUUGUGCCAGAGGUGAUAUUAUAUAUUAUUAUCAUUUAUUAGAUAUAACGUUAUAAAUAUUAUAUAUUAGUACAUAACUAUAUAUACAUUUUAUAAGAAAAGAAAAAACAAAACAGAUAAAAAAAAUUAAUUACCAUAAUUAUUAUUGUUAUUGACAUUUGUUAUGUUAUAUAUUACAGGCCUAUCUGAUCCUAUAUAUUAUAUAUAUAAUGUAUACGUCUAUACUCAUUUUUUAUUCACAAUUCCAAUACGAAAAUUCUUCGAUUAUAAUCUUUAUAAGAUAAGAAAAAAAUAUUGAUAAUGACGAUAGUAAUAAUACAGAAAAUAUGAACGAAUAUAUAGUAAUUAAUUCGCUGAUAAUUUUUUUUUUUUUGAUCAUUGAAAAUUAAUCUUUGCGAAUUAAAACCAUAUGUACGAAUCAUAAUUACGAUAACAUAAUUGCAGAUUAUAAGUCUAGCGUUUUGUGGACCGUUGGAUUUUUGCAUCAAAAUUUUGGCAAACGAAAUGAUUGUAAAUUUAAAAUAGGGGACAAUCCAACUCACAAUCCAAGCGGCUCAUUUAACGCAUAUUACCAGCCAUAGAAUGCUGGUCUUAUCAUUGCCUACUCUAUGCAUACCCUACCUAUCUGCUUGCGCCGUGGAUAUUAACUUAAUUAAUUAAUUAAUAAUAUCUAUGGGAUUCUGUCUCUGCGAAAUUUUUGCAGAUUCUCAUCUUAUUUUUCCUUGGAAGCGCAGCAGACCCUGUAACACGAACAAAUUAUCAGAAUCAGUUUGAAUGAACAGACGUUCAUUUGAAUGAACGGACAACCCAAUUGAUGGGUGAUAAAAAUAUUCUUUCUGUAUAACGAAUUGAUCUAAUACUCGUAAGAAUUUUAGGUUUAAGAUUUCAAUUUUUUUUAACUUUUAUACUCCCAAACAAAUCUCAAGAGUUAUUAUCGUGAAUCGCAUAGAUUCACGUACUAAAUUUUAUUCCCCUCGGUUUCUCUUCAUUUGAUGAAGUUUUUUUUUCUUUUUAGUUCGUUGAUUGAAAUUUUUUUCGGACUAACCAACGUACGCCAUUGUUGAUAUUUUUAUUUUUCUACAUUUACGGAUCGUAUGAACGGAUAUAUAAUAAUUUUGGUAGAUUAUAUAGUUGUAUGCACGUAUAUGUGCUGCUUAGUAUCGGUAAACGUGGGGGAAAUUUGGAAUACAAGAAAGAAAAGUUAAAAAAUAUAUGAAUGAAUAAAAAGAUGUGGGCAACCGAUUAUUCAAAGAAGAUAAUGAUGAUUAUAAUAUGUCAGAAUAAAUAAUAGUAGGUAAUGUUAAGGGGAGAGCGAAGAAUGUUAUAUCUUAUGAUAUUAUAUUGUUGAUUUGGUUUGUUUCUAUGCAAAUAAGUACCUGAAAUAAUCGCUUUAUGAUAAGUAAGCAAGGAUAGGUAGGCACAAUGUUAAUAGGUAUUAAGUGAUAUUGAUAUGUAAUAUACAUGGAAAUUUCUAUACAAUAAUAUUAUCUACCUACCUACAUA